AUGCCAGGGCAUAUCACUAUCCGGAUUUGGCUGCUCAGGGUGUGUGCUGGCCAGACGGAGUAUGCUUUCAAUCCCAUAGAUGGCAAGAGCUUCCCUCAUCAUCCGGUCAUGCGACAGGCAGCUGUGGGACCAUAUUUGGUGGAGAGGGGCAUCCUUACCGAGCUGAACGGUCUGAGGGUGCCUGUGCACUUUGACUGCGAGAACCUGUGCAACGUCAGCCAGUGGGAAUCGAAAUCCCGUGGCCCAUCUCGGUGCCCCUAUGGCACAUAUCGCUACUACCACUACUUACCCAGCCGAUGGAACGCCUGCCAUGAACACGAGGCAUUUCUGAAGUCUGGCUUUUCGCAUGUACAUUUGCAUCUGCCCGUGGUCGAUGAGGAAUACAGUGAGAUGGUCGCAGUCUACCAGUCCGCCCUGCGAGCACGCAUAUCAUUCAACAUAAUGGAACUUGGGGCCGAUGCUGCUCUCUUUCUUCGGCUCGUGUCCUCAAUAGACCAUCUGGAUCUUUUGCACAUCGACAUUCAAGGAGAGGAGCAGCAGCUGCUGAAGGAUCCAGAAGUGCUGGACGUUCUUGGGCGGAAGGUUUAUCGAAUUAUUCUUGGGACCCACGCGGAUUCUAUUGACGACUACAUGUUGCGCACUUUCAGACACUGGAUCACGGUCCACUACCACCGUAACAGGGGACCCGGGUGCCUGGUGCGCGCUGGCAUCUUUCGUGAUAUGUCCGAGCGCCCUGUGAUGCUGCCGCCACCUGGGCCGGAGGCUUGGGCCCAGCUCAGGGCAGAGCCGGAAGAGCUUUGCUUCUACAAUUCUCCUCAAGGCAGGGUCGCCAACAUCGACGGAGGCUUCAUUUUGGACAAUCCGCGUUUUGUAAAUGCCUCGCAAGUCUUUUCGCUGAACGAUACGGUGGAAGCCAAGCGAGCACUGCUGGCAGCCAGCGAAGAGACCCUGCCAGCGCAGUGGAGAGAGUUUCGGUGCAAGCACCUCCUUAGCCUGUGCUGGGACGAAAUGCCAUGGCCCGUUCACUCCGGCGUCCCGGAGCUUUGCCACUGCGUCGUGAUCUUGGCCUAUGUCCUGCUGUCACGGUUGUCUCACAACAAGACGAUGCUUUGUGUGGCCUUGCGCGACAUGAUGCUGCUGUCGGAGCUGCUGCCCAUCCUGUCGCAGUCACUACCGUCGGAGGUCUGCUGGACAGAUGAGUAUUCUGAGGAGCUGUGCUGCGAUCGGAGAUACGGACCGGAAGGGAACUCGGCUUGUUGGGCCGGAGAGCUCACCUUUGAGGGCUGUUGCGGAGAUGCUGCAAGAGAUCUUCAAGAGGCCGGCGAUCUUCCGUUCAAGAACAUGGAGACACAGGAUUUGCAUCCGCAGAUAGGCAUCGGCCUGUUCACGACCUACGAGCCGGGCAAAGACUGCUGGACAGGAAUGGGUGGACUUGCUAGCCACGCCAUGUGUUGUGAUCUCUCUGUGUCCGAAUACGGCAUGGGAUCUUGUUGGGACGGCUGGCGCUACACCUUUGAUCGCUGCUGCUUCCUCGGCGAGGCUCCGGCAUUCCGGCCACCAGCGAAGCCGCUUCUACGGCUGCCCAAGGAACCAGCGGCACCGAAAGCGGGCAGGGACGUCGCUCGGCCUUCAGGUGUGGAAUGUUGGCAAAGCGACUUCACUUUCGCAUACUGCUGUAUGCGUGGGGCGGCUCCCUGCUGGGACGACCAGUUCACUCGAGCCGCCUGCUGUGAUGGAAUCGCUGAUCCAGUGGAGGCUUGGAAGGUGACAGAUGCAUCGGAUCCGCAGGUGAUUUGUCUCUUGCACACAAGGAAUGUGGCUUUGGAUCUGGAACAGACUCCGAAGCAUUGUCCGAAAGAGCGCUUCUUUCUUCUGGCGUCGUUGGGCCCUCCGGUGAUCGAAGAGGACUGGACAGGGACACCCUGGUUCCGGAAGCCGUGGAGUGUGGAGGGUCUGAAACGGGAAUCGAUGCAGCGUCUCCAGCCAGUACGACCUAGCAGGACUUCCUUUGUAGGCGGCCUUUGUGUGCCAGAGCCAUGCUCUUUGGAGACGACGGCCGCUUACCUUGCCCCACGCGUUGUGCCUUGGUGGCGGGCUCCUCGACCGGAGCCGCAGCUGCUGAAUGAGACUCACUUUUUGCUGCCACCUCCGCUAGCCGCCAACCACAAAGUCUAUCGAUCGUCGCGGCUCAGCUCCACAUGGACAGCUUGGGUUGCCCCGCGGCCCAUGGAUGCUGAUGUUUUCGCUGAGCAGCUGCACGGCUGGGAGUUUGCAAUCCUCGAGCACGGCAAGUACAUCAGUGGGAGCAUCUCUGGUCUCAUCACCGUCACACUGAU